AGUCUAAAGUUCAACAUAAACACAUUUUGAAGUGGUUUGUCUCUCAAUCGGCUGAUCGUACGCGUACUGAUAAUAACUGACGAAUCGAACAAGCGGCUAGUUUUGAUUCAGCUUUGUGAAGAACACGCGAUAAAUCCGAAUAUGAACUCAAAUUUGAUUCGUGCAGUUAUCAUGGGCGCUCCCGGCUCAGGUAAAGGGACAGUGUCGGCGCGAUUAGUGAAGACAUUUAACAUGCACCACAUCUCCAGUGGCGAUUUAUUACGAAGCAAUAUCGAACAGAAGACUGAGCUGGGCAGAAUUGCAGACAAAUACAUCAAAGAAGGAAAACUUGUACCAGACGUUUAUAUAACUCAAUGUAUUUUGGGCGAACUCGAUAAGAUUAGAACUAGCUCGUGGCUGCUAGACGGAUUUCCGCGCACACCAGAACAAGCCGAAGACUUGUGGCAGGCGGAAAAGAUUGACACCGUUAUUAACUUGGAUGUCCCUUUCGAUGUGAUAAUUGAUAGACUAAAGAGCAGGUGGGUACAUCUGCCGAGCGGGCGAGUUUAUAACAUCGGUUUCAAUGAUCCAAAAGUACGGGGAGUGGAUGAUAUCACCGGUGAACCGCUCAGCCAGAGACCUGAUGACAACCCAGCAGCAGUUAGGAAACGGUUGGAGAUUUACGAUGCCUGUACGAGACCCUUGAAUGAGUACUUCAGAAAGAAGGGUGUACUGGUUACGUUCAGCGGAAGGACAACUAAUGAAAUUUGGCCAAAUGUGAAAAAAUAUUUUGAUGGGAAAUUCCGAUGAUUUUCAAUAAGCACAAAACAAUUUUACUGUGAUGUAUGACGAAGCGUAAGAAAUGCGAGAGAGAACUGCCGAGAACAUGCCGAUGUGGAAUUGUAAAAAAUGGAUUGCGGUAGAAUUGAACAUAAUUCAAUGCACAAGUUGUAACUAGGGGAAUAAUGAGACUUGCAAGUUAAAUAUCAUAUAUAUUGGCAUUCCUAAAACUUAUAUAAGACAAAUUAAUAUUAUUAUUAGAACAGUUCAAAUUUUUUGAUGCAUACACUAUAUAUUCUUCGUUCGACGAAUGAACAGUAAUAAAAUGACUAUUACCAUAAUUGUUUAUUCAAUUAGUUUUUCAUCCGUUUUGUUGUCUAUUGAAAGGGCUUCACAAAAAGUUCAAAUUUACUUGUGAAUUACUCCACACUUCAAAUAUAUUGCCUAAUGCUUAUUUUUUUGAAAAUUUUACUAUUCAUCGCCGAUGUGGUCAGAUCCUCCACAUCGUCCUUCAGUCAGAUUUAUUAUAUAUAACAGGUCUUGUUGAAACAGAUUUAUUAUAUAUAACACCGUCUUGUUGAAACCACAUAUAAUUGAUUUAAGGACCUUCCAAUGCUGGCCAAUAAUAGUAGCAUGAAAUAGCAUGAAAACCACACCAAAUAGUACUUAAUUGUGGAUGCAAUGGUGUUUCUUGAAGUACAUGUGAACUUGCAUCUGACCAAUAACGCAAAUUUUGCUUCUAGACAAAGCCAAUUAGCCAAAAAUGAGUCCCAUCACUGAAGAUGAUUUUGUGAUGAAUGUGACCAUUUUUUUUCAAGAUUCACCAGAGCCCAAUCGGAAAAGUUUCAGCGUUUCAUAUAGUCAAGUGGUUUUAGUUUUUGAGUCAAUUUGAUCUAAUAAAGUAGCCCAAGAUCUUCUCGCCAAAUACGCCACAAUGGAGUUGGGAGAUGCCCAGUUCUUGAGAAAGCCAUGCAAUUGACUGAUUUAGGUUAUUUCGGAUGGAUUCACUUGUGGCUACGAUAUUUUUGUUGCUCGUUGGCACGGGAACAUCCAACAGCGAAAAUGUAGACCCACAAUUGGUCACUAAACUAUGCACAGCCUGCCUGGAAUCUUCAACUCGAUCUAUAUAAUAUUCCAUUAAGUCCGGUAUAUUGCAAGAGCUCCCCAAAGUGCUCCACUGCUAUUGGUACAACUACGUUCCUCUUACUUCAAUAUACAUCUGAACAUUAUUGAAGCUCUCAUUCCUAAUCCAAAUUUCAAUUCGAAUCAUGAAAUACGCCUUUUUUCUCCUUAGAUGGCACUAACGUUCCUAGAAGAACUUCGCCUUUUCAAUCAUAUUUAAUUAGUAGUACAUAGUUGAGAUUUCUCAGUCAAACAAUGCGUAUCAAUUCUGUUUCUAUCCCGAGAACACGCCUGUACCAGUAAAAGCCGGAACUUUUAUGAUGGAAGUGUCCAGACCACAAUGUUUCUGAGGUUGUUGACUGUGUUUGGAGGUGUGAGGUAUGGCUCUACAAUUAGCAUC